AUGCAUAUAUCGCGGCCCCAUUAUGGCCGAUUCGCGAAACAAAAAACAAAACAACUAAAUAAUAAUAAUAAUAAUAAUAAUAAUAAUAAUAAUAAUAAUAAUAAUAUAAAAUCAAAAUUUAGCAGGAGCACAGCUUUGCAAUCAUCUUCUUAUAACUUGUCCCGGUUGGGGCGGUGCCUCGCUGACGGACAUACCUGGAAAAGAAAGAUGACGCAGGCCGACGUGCAGUCAGUGAAUCGAAGAGCGGGGCGCGUUGCCCGACGAGCUGGCGCUGCGCCACGUGGAGCGGCUGGAGGGGACGGCGGCGUGCCGGCGCCACGCGGCGCUCGCAGCCUGCGACGCCGACUCCAGCGAGGAGGAGCGCGUGUGCCGGCGGCGGCGGCGCCGGCGGCGGCGCCUGCACUGCAGCUUGCACCGCGACGCCUGCGAGCACGUGUGCGGCGGGCGGCGGCGGCGCGGCCACAGACGUGCUUGCUUAUCGCAGAGUGCGAAGAUAAGGCCCGGGGCAACCGGGUCGAAGAUAUUGCCUGUCUAAACGAAACUCACCUCAAUAAUAAUAAUAAUAAUAAUAAUAAUAAUAAUAAUAAUAAUAAUAAUAAUAAUAAUAAUAAUAAUAAUAAAAUAAAUAUCCCAGAUUUCAUAAUCUUCAAAAGAGACAAAAACACAAACCACACAGGUGGUGGAGUAGCUAUCAUAAUGAAACGUAAAAUAAAACAUAACCCGCCUAUCCGGAGGUGGCCGAAAGGAGGUAGAUCGCGGGUUCGAUCAAUAGAUACUAAUGUAUAUAAUAAUAAUAAUAAUAAUAAUAAUAAUAAUAAUAAUAAUAAUAAUAAUAAAUACUAUUAG